UUUCAUUGUAUUGCCCUUUCCCGUUUGUGGGAGAAGAGCCAUGAAGAACCGUUCCUCAUCUCCCCCUUUGCACGUCCAUGUGGAUGAAAACACCCCUGUCCAUGUCCAUAUUAAAAAGGGUCAGAAAACCACACCUGCAAAAUGCCAGCAAAAGCACAAACAGAAAACGAAAGAGGAUGCUGUGAACAUGUGCCGAGCUGUCCGGGUGAAAACUAAGGCCCCCUGGCUACCCCCAGGCAAAACAUCUGUCCGGGACUCCACCUGCAAAUGGGAGGGACCAACUCACCGCCUAGAAAUUACACCUCCAGAUUCAGAAAAAAUGCUGUCAGUACUGCGUCUGAGUGACCUCUCUACAGAUGAGGAGGAUGCUGUUUACUGCAAAAUGAAUGAAUAUGAAAAGAAAAUAGAUAGCCUGAUGAAUGUGGUGGGAACGCUGAAGAAUGAGGCCAAGCUGCAGAAAAAGGAGGAACAGCAGCAAAUGACAAAGCGUCUCCUUGAGGAGCAGAAAGAAGAACUGAAUGAGGUCACACAAGAGCUGGUAGAAACAGAACAUGAGAAUACACUGCUCAGGCGCAAUAUUGAGCGCAUAAAGGAAGAGAAAGAUCUGACUGUGCUACAGAAAAAGUACUUGCAGCAUGAGAAAGAGUGUUUGAUGUCCAAGCUGAGCGAGGCAGAAAGAGAUGGAGCAGCAGCAGCCAGGCAGAUCCAUGCACUGAAAAAUACAAUUGGGAGACUCAACAUUGAGAAACACAUGAGCAGCUCAGACAUUAACGCCCUGACAAGACAAAAAGAGCUUCUGCUCCAGAAAUUGAGCACCUUUGAAGAAACCAACCAGGCACUACGAGAACUUCUGAGAGAACAGCACAACCGGGAGGAUGCUCAGAAGAUAUUGGAACGGCAAAGAGCACUGCUGCAAAGGCUGGCUGACUCAGAUGCAGAGAAAGUGCAACUUCAGAUGAGGCUUCAGGAGAAAGAAAAAGAAGUGGACAAUCUCACCAUUCAGAUACAGGCAGAAAAGGACCAGGCAAAGACAGCAUGUGAACUCUCCAAAUCUAUGGAGGCUGUGAGAGGCCAUUUACAAGUGCAGUUGCGAAACAAAGAAGCUGAGAACAACCGUCUGACCAUACAGAUACGGAAUCUGGAGCGCAGUGAAGCUCAGCAUAAGGCAGAAGUGCAACAUAUCAUGGAACAACUGAAAGAGCUAAGGCAGAAGGCAGAUCGUGAUAAAGAGGCCCUGAAAAAAGCCAUCCGCGCACAGAAAGAGCGGGCAGAGCGAAGUGAAGAGUAUGCAGAGCAAUUGACUGUCCAGCUAGCAGAAAAGGACAGUUAUGUUGCUGAGGCGCUGUCUACUCUGGAGUCCUGGAGGAGUCGCUACAACAAAGUAGUAAAGGACAAGAGUGACCUCGAACUGGAAAUUGUUACGCUGAACAGCCGUGUUGCAGAUUUGCUGGAACAACAGACAACCCUGGAGGACAAGAUGCGGGAGGACAGAGAAGCUUUGGUGGAUAAAUUGCAUCGACAGACCACAGAGACCACUUCUUUCAAAAUGGAGAAUGAAAGGCUAAAGGCUAGUGUGGUCCCAAUGGAGGAAAAGCUGAACCAAGCGCAGAUGGAAGUGCAGCAGCUCAAGAGCUCUGUCAGGAACUACGAAGGGUUGAUUGAAACCUACAAGUCACAGGUGUUGAAGACCCGAAUGGAAGCAGAUGAUGUGGCAGCAAAACUGGAGAAGUGUGAUAAAGAGAACAAGACACUAAAGGAUGAAAUGAACAAGGAGAUUGAACUGGCACGUAAGCAGUUCCAGAGCCAGCUUGCUGAACUGGAAAAGCUGCCUGAGAUCCUAAAGAUCACAGAGACGCAGCUAGCAGAAUGUCAGGACCAGCUUCAGAGUUAUGAGAAGAAGAAUGUGGACCUGUCUGUCAUGAUUGCAGAUCUUCGUCAGCGGGUAAGGGACUGGCAGAAAGCACCUGCAGCACUGCAAUCCGCAAGUCUGAAACCAAGAUGAAUUUCUAAUCGCAGGAAGGUUCAAACUUCGUCUCUGUUCUCGUCUCUUUUUUGAAAAGAUUAAACGUGCACUGCAAAA